AUGGAGCACACGUCCCCGUCCGCCCGCGGCAGCGGUCCGGCGGCCAAUGGACCACCACCGCCGCCACCGCCACCACCUCCAGCAGCAGCAGCUGCUGCUGGAGCUGCCGCGGGAGGAGGAACAGGAGGAGCUGCGGCGUCGAUAUUACCAGACGAAAUUUCGUCCGCGUCCUCGAUGUCGGACGAGGACGAUGUGAGUCGAUAUAGAUCCCCGACGCCCCCGCCCCAGCGACGGCCGCCGGCGCAACAACGCCAACAGGAUAAAUACUCACCUAUACCACCACCCGCACCCACGCCUUUGUAUUCACAACCGCGGCACAGGGGGAGUAGAGAGCGGGACGUGAAGGCCGAGAGGCUUCGUGAGAGAGAGCUGCGCGAGCGUGAGAGAGACCUUGAGAGGGAUAGAGACAGGGAUAGGGAUUUCCCCAGGGAUCGCGACAGAGACGUCCCGAGAAGUCGAGACAGAGAUCGGGAUAGAGACCGCGACCGGGACCGCGAUCGAGAUAGGGAAAGCCCCCGGGACCGCGACCGGGAUAGAGACAGGGACAGUCCUCCCAGGGAUGUAAAACGGCACAGCGUCGUCGCGGACCCAUCACACCUGCGACGCCAGAGCGUUGUCGCGAACGAGAGCAACCUCCACCACAACGGCUCCAAACGGCAGAGCAUCACGGAGCGGCUCUUGAACACGUGGACGGCGCGCACGGCGAGGGAGCCGACGGGAUCGUCCGGCGUUCCCUCCCGGCGCGCCUCGUCCGCCUCCACGGCGGCCGGCAAAUUUAACCCCGUCGGCCGUGUCCGCGAAUGGCUCGACACCUGCAACGCCGAACAUGGCGACCACUGCACCGGCCCGCCGGGGGAUACGUGGCGCCCGAUAUGGCUCAUCGACUCGGUGAACCGGUGUCUCGUCAGGGCGAGGGCGACGGACCGGUACGUUGCGCUUAGCUACGUCUACGAGCCGCCGCUCCCGAGCUCGAGGGGUCCGGUGGAGACGCUGAGGGAGAACCUGGACGUCUUGACGGCGAGUCUGGACGAUGCGGACAUCCCGCAGACGAUCCUGGACGCCAUGUGGUUGGCGAGAAAGAUGGGUGUUAAGUAUCUGUGGGUCGAUCGGUUCUGCAUCGUGCAGGACGACGACGUGGAGAGGGAGGAGCACAUCAAGAACAUGGCGUACAUAUUUGCGAACGCGUACCUCACGAUCGUGGCCGCGGCCGGGGACGCGGAGAGCGGGUUGACGGGUCUGAUGAGGCGGACGCCGCCGCCCAAGGCGGCCGGGAAGGGGAGGCACGAGGAUCUGAUGCUGGGGUCGAGGUGGGCCGGCCGGGCGUGGACGUUGCAGGAGGGGAUGUAUUCGAGGAGGAAGGUGUUUGUGUUUGAGGAGUCGGUGACGUGGGAGUGCCACUGCGAAGUGUGGCAGGGGGCGCCGGGGGCCGGGGGCAGGUUCAGCAAGAUUCUGAAGGGCGGGAACAAGAACCAGCCGUGUCUGCAGCGGACAUUUCCCGCGGCGACGGGGUUCUUGCACCCCGUGUGGCCGGACAUGGACGAGUACGCAAGGAUCGCGAUGGAUUACAGCGCGAGGCGGGUCACGCUCAUGUCGGACACGACGAGGGCGCUGAGGGGCAUCACGAAUGUGUUAUCCAAGUCCUUCGCGGGUGGCUUCGUCUUCGGCAUGCCGGUGUCCAUGCUCGAUAUCGCCAUGCUGUGGCAACCGAGGGCCAUGGUCAGGAGGAGGAUGAUGGUGCAGCCUGUCACGGGACUCAACCCGCUCCCGAGCUGGAGUUGGCUCGGGUGGCAUUACGACGGCGUGCCCGCGGACAUGACGCUCUGGAGGGCGGCGGCGGACUACGUACAGGAGGCGCCGCCUUCCGGCAGGAGGGCGGAUCGGCGGUUCAGGAGCCCGUACGCGUUCCGGCUGAGGCCGUUGGUGAACUACGAGCUCACGGACCGGGCGACGUACACGCGGCUGCCGAACGACGGGCUGAUGUUCCGGGACCGCAGGAACCGGAGGACGCAGCCCCUGCCGGCGGGGUGGUCGAGGAGCGGCGGCGGCGGGUUCAGGUACGCGGGCGAUCCGGAGGUCUUGUUUCGGUACCCGGUGCCGGUGGGCGAGAUGAUGGGACCGGAGGCGGCCGCGGCGCCGUUGGACUACUCCAUGAGCGCGACGCUGUUGUCGUUCAGCACGACGGUGGCGUAUCUGGAGGUGGACUUCGCGACGGCGAGGAACGGGGCGCCGCCGGAGGGGAAGGCCGCGGCGGCGGCAGCUGCUGCUGCGGGUGCGGCUGCCGGAUCAGGGGUGGCCGGGGCCGGGGCGGCGGGGAUGAUGGGGCCGGGCAGGGGGUACGGGGUGCCGCUCGCGAUCGGGAACAUCUGGUCGCGGAGCGGCAAGUGGUGCGGCAACGUGACGGCGCACGACAGCUGGCUGGGGCUGCAGGGGGCGAACCACACGGGGGAGGAGAAGCUGGAGUUCGUGGCGAUAUCGACGGCGAGCGAGAGGGGCGGGAGCCACGUUUUCGACGCGGAGGCGUUCCGGGACAACAUGGACGAGGACGAGAUCGUGGACUUUGUCAACGUGCUGUGGGUCGAGAGGGUCGGGGGCGUGUGCUACCGGAGGGGUCUGGGGCAUGUUGUACAGCGGGUUUGGGACAGCGUUGCGAGGGACCGGGUUGAUAUACUGCUUGGUUAG